AUGACAACGUCAUGCUAUACAAUACGCAAUUUAUUUAAUAUUGCACAGUUAUAUCCUCAGAAGGUAGCAAUAGUGCUUGACGACCAGGUAUGGACUUACAGCGAGUUGGCCAUGCAAGUAGAACGCGUUGUAUAUCAAUUACAUCACUUAGGUGUAGUUCAAGGUCAAAUAAUCUAUCAAUUCGUUGAACGAAGUUUUGAAAUGAUAUGUGGCUUUUUGGCCAUCAUAUAUUCAGGUGGAGUGUAUUGUCCAAUAAAUCCAGCAAUACCGUCUGAUCGUCUCAAUAUAAUUCUCGAACAAAUCCAAGGUCAAUAUGUUUUAGUACAUGAGAAAACUCGUAAUCAAUUUCCAAUAGCAACUGUUCAGCAUGUUAUUAUAUUAGACAAUAUUCUUUCUCCAUUAUUAACUAUCGAGGAUGCGAAUGAUCUUCCAGUUUUUAAGGAGUAUGGUGCUGCAUUCAUUAUUUUUACUUCAGGUACCACUGGACAACCAAAAGCAGCUGUCCAUACACAUAAAAGUUUCUCAGCUAAUAUUGCUGCUUUUAUUCAAUGGAACGUCGGUGUAUAUACCGCUCGAGAUCACGUCCUUCAAGUUGCUACAUGUUCAUGGAUUCCACAUAUUGUGGAAUUCUCAUUGCCAUUAGUCGUUGGUGGCACUCUUGUGCUUCUGCGACCAGGUGGUCAUUUAGAUGUGGCCUAUUUUUCUCAAACUCUAAUGCAUCAACAAAUAACGACGCUAAUAAUAGGUCCUGCAAUAAUUCGAGCUCUUACUAAUUAUAUUGAAAAUACCCAGCAAACGAAAACAUUCGAUACUGUGCGCCAUCUGUGUACAUCGGUCGAACCAUUGAAAUCACAACAGUGGGCUCAAUUUGUUAAUUUGUUAAGUUCUUCCAAUGUUCAACUUUGUGUUAUAUAUGGUACGUCUGAAAGUAGUGGAGUUCUUGGAUGUCGAUUGCUAAAUAUCAGUGAUACAGAUAUUCCUAUUGGAUAUCCAUUCCCAACUAUACAAUGUUUGCUAAUCGAUGAUGAUGGCAAAAUUAUUAAUACUACAAAUAAUUCAAGUAAAAUUGGUCAAAUUCAUAUAGGAGGACCAAUUUUAUUCAACGGCUAUUUAAAUGAUUCUGAAAAUACCAAAAAGAAGUUUCCGAUCAUAAAUAAUCAAGUUUAUAUGAAAACAGGUGAUCUAGCUCGAUAUAAUACACGAGAAGAGCUUGUUUAUACUGGACGUGUUGAUUUUCAAAUUAAAAUACGUGGUCAACGUGUUGAAACAACUGAAAUAGAAAAUACAAUUACGAAUUCGUAUCCUGGCAAGAUUUCUGACUGUGUUGUCACUAAAAUAGCACAAAAUGAUGAUCUACUUGUCGCAUAUGUGGUCUCAAAAGAAUCCGAGCUCGAUACUGAACAAAUUCGAAAUUAUUGCAAUAAAUAUCUUCAUCAAUACAUGAUACCAUCUAUCUUCGUCUUCUUGGAACAAUUACCUUUGAAUGCGAAUGGAAAACUCGAUCGACAGCGUCUUCCAAUAUCUGAUAUCUCGGUUCUAUCGACUAAUGCUAUUGAUCGUCAAUAUUUAGAACCGAAAAAUGAACUCGAAAUGCUUGUUCAUUCGGUAUGGUGUAAGGUUCUUGAUCGUAAUCGAAUCUCGACGCGAACAAACUUUUUUAGUAUCGGUGGUCAUUCUCUCCUAUUUAUUCAAAUCUAUCAAUAUUAUCGAACGUUAUUUAAUUUUGAUGGCGAAACAAUAAAUACUCGGCCAUUCUUUGAACAUAAUACCAUAGCCGAACAUGCAGAACUACUAGAAAAUAUUAAGAUCAAAAAUAUAGAAGCAAAACAAUGGCACACACUACAUAUUAAUCAAUGUAUUGCAUCAUAUGCUCAAGAACGCAUAUUUCUUGAUGAGAAAAUGCGCUUUUCUGGAAAAAUUGCCAUUUACAAUGAACUGGUUGUUCUACAAGUUACAAAAGGUUUAUUAUCAGUGAAUCGCUUAUUGCAAGCUCUUCGUUGUGUCCUGAGCAAACAUAAGAUAUUAAGAACUUCUGUAGUUUUCAAUGAUGAUGAUAGUACUUUAAAACAAUCUAUCACUGAUAAACAUCUCACAUUUACAUUGGAUGCCGAUCUAAAAUUUAAGAGUGAAACUGAACUUCACAACAUUAUUUCAGAAAUAAAUACUAAUCCUAAUUUGUUCGAUUUAUCAAGUGGUCGUGUUUUUUAUUGUCAAAUUCUCAGACAACACAUGAUAUCGGAUGAAAAUAAUGAUGAGGAAAUGAUUAUAAAUUCUGAUGUUCUCGUUAUCGGCUUUCAUCAUACUGCAAUCGAUCAAUUAAGCAGCUCAAUUUUUUUAAAUGAUCUUUGUAAUAUUUACAAUAGUAACGCGGCGUGGUUAGAUGAUGAAGAAUCAUUACAAUAUAUUGAUUAUAGUGUCCAUGAGCAUCUAAUCGAUAUGACACUAUCACGUGAGUUUUGGCGUUCUCAACUAAAUGGAUACAAUCAAGAGUGUCGAUUGACACUACCAGUUGAUCGACAUUGUUUAGAUAGUGAUGAACGAUCUGGAUAUGCUUCCAUUGCUCAUACCUCAUUUAAUAAUGAGACUGCGGCAUCAUUUCUCGAUUAUGCAUCUUCACAUCAAGUUACACCAUUUCAACUAUGUCUAGCUACAUUCUAUACAUUUCUCUUCAAACUAACAUAUGGUCAAAAUGAUUUAUGUAUUUCUUGUCAUAAUGCAAAUCGAUACAGGACUGAAUUACAGAAUAUGAUUGGAAUGUUUGUUUCAACAUUACCAUAUCGUAUUCAAAUUGAUUCUGAUUGGUCAUUUGGCGACCUUAUUGAACAUGUGCGAGAAAAAUGUUUAUCAGUUCUUGAACAUUCUCAUUAUCCACUACAACACAUUCUUACUGACUCUCAACUUAAGCAACCAAACAUUUCAUUUCUUGAAACUUCGUUCAAUUUUAUCACUGUCCCUGAGAAGAGCCGAUGGUCUUUUGAUACAGGAAUGUUGCAGCAAUUACCAAUACAAGAAUCUUAUGGUGCUGCCAAAUUUGAUUUUGCUUUGACUUGUCUUUACAAUCCAACAUCCGAUGAGAGCAAACUAUCAUUCAGUCUAACCUGCUCACGUGAUCUAUUUGAUGAACCAACAGCUGUAGUCAUAGUUCAACGGUUGAAAUAUCUUGUCGAUCAACUGUUUUCAUCAAAAUUAACUUCCAAUGAAAGUAAUCCAAGUCUUAUAUCUAUCUCAAAACUUAGCUUGAUUUUACCGGUAGAAAUUCAAGAAAUUGAGGAUGCUGUCUUUUGUCGACAGCAGAAUAUUGUCAAUGAAGCACCAGCAUCAUAUGCACAAGCUCGCAUUUGUUUUGAUGAACGAGUUCGAUUUGAUCCAUAUAAACCAAAACUUGCAAUCUACAAUAUGCCUUUUUUCUACCGUGUUAAUAAAGGACAUACUUUAUCAAUACAACAACUUCGACAGGCUCUUCAGCUGAUUGUUAGAAAACAUCAAUCAUUUCGUACAUUACUUAACUUUCAUGCAGAAAAGGACUCAUUAAUGCAACGAAUUGUUGACAUCCAUCUUGAUAAUAAUCGAACACAUGCAUUCAUCGAAAACAUUUACGAAACACAGCAGCAACUCAAUGAUAUUAUGCAUGAAGAAAAAUCUAAUCAUCAACUUUUUGAUCUUGAAAAGGGUACCAUUUUUCGAUGUCAUCUUGUUUAUUACAAACAAAUCUCUUCAAAUGAUCUACUUUCUGACCAAGAUGUAGUCGUUUUCAACUUCCAUCAUGCCUUGUUUGAUUUUCCAUCAAUGAAUAUCUUUCUUCAUGAUCUCAAUCAAGCAUAUACAACAGGUCAACUGUUAUAUGAUGACAACACUAAUCUUCGUUAUCUCGACUAUGCUGUUAUUGAACAAGAAACGUCGAUGACUGGCGCAAGCAUGUUUUGGCUUGAUGUUCUUCAUGAUUGUAAACUUGAUCAACCUUUGUCAUUACCAUU